UUUGCGUUGAACUGCUCUGGCAGCAUUCUCCAGCUCAUGUACGACUGAAGAUCAUUCUCCAGCUCAUGUACGACUGAAGAGCAUUCUCCAGCUCAUGUACGACUGAAGAGUAUUCUCCAGCUCAUGUACGACUGAAGAGCAUUCUCCAGCUCAUGUACGACUGAAGAUCAUUCUCCAGCUCAUGUACGACUGAAGAGCAUUCUCCAGCUCAUGUACGACUGAAGAGUAUUCUCCAGCUCAUGUACGACUGAAGAUCGCUGGUGUCACAGUAAACCCAGGGCGACCGCUGUCUGCACACAGGAGGAUGGGUGUGGGCAUUUUUUCAGAUGUCAUAUUCUUCCUCAAAGUGAACUCCUUAUCCCUUAAAGAAAGGAAAAGGCUAAAAAACAUCAUCAUUUCGAAUGGAGGAGAAAUUUCAUUAGUGCUGAAUGGAAAGUGCACACACGCUGUUGUCGUUAAUCCUGCCACACUAAACAGUACCCAGCUGAAGAAAAUCGAGAAGUACAUCAUCUCUGUAGUAAAUCCUGACUUCAUAUGGAAAUCAGCGCAAGAAGAAAGACUUCUAGAGGUGGAAUGUAAGGACAAUGAUGGACCAUUUGAAGUCACUGGGGAUGAACAUCAAGAGAAAAAGAAAAAUCUAUUUCUUGAAAAGUUUAUAACCGUAAACAAGAAAGAAACACUGGAAAGUACUUUGGAAGAGGAUUUCGAAUUUGAAGAGAGUGGAGAAAAUGACAAUAUUCCAGACGACACUGAAGUGGCACAAUACUGUUAUUUCCAAAAAGAUAAAGAAUAUGCAGUUGUUGAACUACUUUGCUUUAGCAGACAGGAUCCCUUUCCAUUUAGGGUAUCUACUGUCUGUGGUCUUCCUAACACAUCUGAGAAAGAUUUUACGUUUCACCUGGUGGAUUCUGCUGAGAAAGCUUGUGAGAAAUAUGAGCAUCGCAUUAAUGACCUUAUUAAUAAAGGAUUCACGCAAAUCGAUAGGAUCCCGCUGCAAGCUGAGAACUUGGCUUCCAAAGCCCUGCAGAAGGUGCUGCUCGGAGAAGCCAUCAAUAUUACAGAAUUGUCCCCAGAAGUCGCUGGCUUGGUUGAGUCUAUUUGGGUGGAUGCAGUUGGACAUUUGGACUCCAUACUUUCAUGCCCUGUGGAAAACAUCAGUCUGAAUGAUCUUAGUAAAGCUGAAGGAAUUCUAUGCCAAGUCCGAAAUGCUUUAAUCAAGAAAGAUAAAGAAGAAGACAUUCAUCAGAUGAUGCAAGAGUUCUACCGAUUUAUUCCACACAAGGAAAAGAAACAGAAUAAGAUUAAUAUGAAGUUAUUGACUGUUAAGCAGGACUUAUGCCAGGUAAUUAGGGACAUGAUUAAUGUCUGUGAGACCAGCUUAUCUAAACACACUCCAACCUCUACUGCUAAAUACCAAGCGCUCAGAUGCAGAAUUGAACAUAUUCACCCAGACUCUGCAGAGUGUCUUCAGGUGAAACAGGAUAUUCUGGAUCAGAACCACAGUAAUAGACUGUUUAAUAUCUUAAGAGUUUUCCGAGUUGGAAGACUGAGUGAGGCCAUGAACUUUAGAAGUGAACUUGGAAAUGUCAAGUCCUUGCUGCAUGCUUCUUCACCAUGCAAUUUUGUGGGUAUCCUCUCACGAGGCCUAAUGAUGCCAAAGAUUGUUGUUGAAGAAUUUGGUGGUGAAAGAACUGAUACUGGAAACCUUGGAAGUGGCAUUUAUUUCAGUGAUUCAAUAAGCACAAGUGUAAAGUAUUCCCAGCCAAGUGAUAUCACUGGAUCGCGGCUCUUGGUUGUCUGUGAUGUGGCUCUUGGUAAAAGCACAGAUGUGUUUCGCAGAGAUUAUACAAUCACUGAACCACCCAGUGGCUUCCACAGUGUGCAUGGUGUCCAACAGAAGGAUGGGGUCAACUCAGACUUUACAGAUGAUGAAUAUGUAGUGUAUAAUGUAAAUCAAGUAGAAAUGAAAUACAUUGUUCAGUUUUCCACCGAUGGGGAUUAUGUCGACCUGGAUAAGGAAUCUUUGUUUAUUUCCAUUGGUCAGACACCUGAUCAUUGUAUAGGCCUGCCUGAACCAUCCGAAGAUGUUUCAAUAGAUGAUCUAUCUAAUGAACAGGUUAUAAAAAGUGGUCUAAAAGGCAGUGAUGGGCAGCAAAUUCCUUUACAAAGCAUACACGUCAAAGCUCAAUUAAUGGACCUUGCAGCUCAGGUGGUGAUUUUCCAGACCUAUAAGAAUAAUUCUGACUUCCCUAUUGAGGCAAAAUAUGUUUUCCCUCUGGACAGUACAGCAGCUGUAUGUGGUUUUGAAGCUUUUAUCAAUAGGAAACACAUCAUAGGAAAGGUAAAGGAAAAACAGCAGGCACAUCGAGAGUACAGGACUGCUAUCAGUGAAGGACAUGGUGCUUAUCUCAUGGAUCAAGAUGCUCCUGAUGUAUUCACAGUGAGUGUGGGAAAUUUACCACCCAAUGCAACUGUUGUCAUAAAAAUCACCUACGUUAUGGAGCUCAGCUGUGACUAUGGUUCUAUUACUUUCUCAAUUCCUGGAAGUGUGGCUGAAUGGCAAGAAGACAAAGCAUUAAAAGAAAAUACCCAGGAUAUUUUAACAAAAGUGGGCAUUGAUAGUGACAUGGCAACAAAGGGAUCCUUUAGUUUGGAUAUGUCCAUUGAGAUGCCAAGAAAAAUAGAAUCCAUUAUAUCUUAUACACACACAAUAAAAAUAAAGAAAACCGAGUGCAAAGCUGUCAUUCAAACUGAAGAAUCCAGUUGUUUCAAUGAUAACGGUUUUAGUUUAAUCAUAUCAUUGGAAAAUGUCUAUAUCCCAAGGAUGUGGGUUGAGAAACACCCAGAUCAAGACAGCGAGGCAUGCAUGCUGAUUUUUCAACCUGAUAUUGAAUAUACAUGUGAGGAUAAUUUUUUGACAAUAUGCCUUGAUUGUUCCAACUCCAUGGAGUCCUGUUUUCACAGUGCUAAACAGGUGGCACUACUUGCAGUGAGAUCUAUAAACUGCAGCUAUGUGAACGUUGUCCUUUUUGGGUCAAAUUAUAAACAGCUGUACUUCUGCCCAAAGAACUUCCAAUGGGAAAAUCCAGUUGCAGAGAAAUUUAUAAAAGAUGCAAAACCCACCAUGGGCAGCACUGAGUUCUGGAAGGUUCUACAAUCCUUGUGUUUACUCAGACCAAAAAAGGGACAUCAGAAAGUUCUCCUCAUCACUGAUGGACAUGUCCAAAAUGAAAACAUGGUCUUUCAAAUUCUAAAAAAAUAUAAGAAUGACAUUCAUCUGUUCACUUGUGGUGUAGGGACUGCAGCAAAUAAGCACAUGCUCAGAUGCUUCGCACAAUAUGGUUCUGGAGCCUUUGAAUAUUUUGCUGACAGUUCUAAGAGCAGAUGGAAAGAUCUGAUAGAGAAACAGAGACAACGGCUCCAGGAUCCAGCAUGUACAGAGGUCUCUGUCAAGUGGAGGCAGUAUAAACCGAUCUGUGACGUCCUGCAAGCCCCUACAAACAUACAAGCUUUAUUCUCUGCGGAUCCUCUUUUUUGCUAUGGCUUUGUCUCUCAUUGCACUCAGGCAACACUGAAGGCGGUAAUUAAUAAUGAAGAGCUUGAGAAUAUUGUUUCGACCACUGAGCUACAGAAGACAACUGGAACAAUACUGCACACCCUUACAGCUCGAGCUCUAAUUAAAGACUACGAAGAUGGUAUUCUGCACGAGAAGGAAAAUGAGAAUGAGAUGAAGAAACAAAAGAUGAAGUCGAUCAUCAUUGACCUCAGUAAAGAAUACUCGUUAGUGACUCAAUUCACUAGUUUUGUGGCCGUGGAAGAACGGAGUGCAGAGGAAGACAUUGACCUUGAACCGAAUGUUCUUGAAAUUAUAUCUUCAGUAGACGUGGAUAUUCUGCCGUACAUGGACUGGUCAACUCCAGAUUCUGAUGAGAAACAUGUUGAAUCAUCCAGUUCUGAAGAGGAUUAUGAGGCAGCUGACAUUUAUGAAUCACCCAGUUAUGAACAGGAAUAUGCGACAGCUGCCAAUUCUGAAUCACCCAUUUAUGAACAGGAAUAUGUGACAGCUGCCGAUUCUCGUUUUAGGAAGAAACGGGAGUUAAGUUUACCGGAUAUUGAUUCCCAAAUGCUCAUGGCACCCCUAGAAAUGUCACGUCUUGACGUUGCACCAGUGGAUAGCUUUUGUUUAGAAGAGAUGGAAGCUCCAUUGUCGGUUAAACCCAGCCCGCCUAAAGCUCUGCAACGCAAACAGCUGUUAUCCAGAUUAUGUAAAGCGACAGAGCUCAAAGAAAAGUGUUUUUCACUUGUUGAAAGCAUUGAGAUGGCAGAAGACCUAACCACAUUGAAGCCGGCCACAGUCAUCGGUUCAGUAAUUCCCCAACCUCCAGUCCCAUGUGGGGUUCCUCUAGCCUCAUAUGGGGAAUUGUUUGAUUCAGCAACACAGUACAAUACAAUCAGCUCCUCAGAUUUUGGAAGCUUUGAAUUCACAAAGAAGAAAAAAAAGUCUAGGGCACUGCGUUCGGCUGCUGCACCAAGUUUCUCACCGUUUGGUUCAGCAAUUCCCCCACCUCCACUCCCAGGUAGUGGUCCUCCAGCUCCAGUACAUCAGAUUAUGGGAAUCCCACCUCCCCCUCCGGUUGCUGGAUCAAGUUUCUCACUGUUUGGUUCAGCAAUUCCCCCACCUCCACCCCCAGGUAGUGGUCCUCCAGCUUCAGUAAGACAGUUUAUGACACCACUACCGCCCCCUCCGGAUGCUGGAUCAGGUUACUCACUGCUUGGUUCAGCAAUUCCCCCACCUCCACCCCCAGCGAGUGGUCCUCCAGCUUCAGAAAGACAGUUUAUGGCACCACCGCCGCCCCCUCCGGUUGCUGGAUCAAGUGUCUCACUGUUUGGUUCAGCAAUUCCCCCACCUCCACCCCCAGCUAGUGGUCCUCCAGCUUUAGUAAGACAGUUUAUGGCACCACUGCCGACCCCUCCGGUUGCUAGACCAUGUUUCUCACAGUUUGGUUCAGUAAUUCCCCCUCCUCCAUUCCCAGUAAAACAGACUAUUGCACCACCACCUCCCCCUCUGGCCACAGUCAGCUUGCCAUUUGGUUCAGUAAUUCCCCCACCUCCAGUGCCAUGUUGGGGUCCUCCACCUCCUGCCCCAUGUGAGGCGGUGUAUAGUUCAGCAACAUAUUUAAAGACAGUCAAGUCUCUGGAUACUAAAAGGUUUGAAUUACCAAGGUCUAUGGCACCACCGUCGCCCCCUCAGGUGAUGGGCGGCAUGUCUUGGUUACAGGAAGCUGGAUCAAGUUCCUUACAGUUUGGUUCAGUGCAACCCCAAUUUCAAUCCUCAUUUGGGGGUCCCCAAGUUCCGAGCUCAUUUGGGUCAUUGUCUGGUUCAGCAACGCAGAUUGGUUCAUCAGACUAUGUCAGAUGGAAGCGUGUAAAGCUAGGAAUGCGUAUGAAAAGACCAUUGCAGAUUCCUUCUUGGCCAUCUCUGUCGUCUCUUCAAAGUCAGGAGGGAUAUUGGCUACUGAACCAAGAACUUGGUGUACUAUUGAAUAUCAAUGUCAGUUACUUGACUGAAAACCUUCUUGUUAAAAAAGGCAUCACUUCUCUGGGUGCUAGAGGAAUAGAUACACUUCAUAAACUGAUUGCAACACUCCUGGUGCUGCAGUUAAUCCGCGCUCGCAACAUAGUGAGCGGAGUCAAAUUUAAAACCUUGAUCAAGUUGGACCAGUCCGUCCCAAAAAGGUUGCAGUAUCCAAGCAUUGAAAAAGCCAUUGAAUGGGCAGUUAAAGCUGACCGACAGUACCCGGGCAUCUGCAUGCGACUUGGUUUGGGGAAAGACUGGGAUCAAGUAACAUGCCAGUUAUUGGGCUUGGAACCAAUAUCUGAAACUUCUGAACUUUACUCAGUUUCCACGUUUUUUCUUCUGUCAUGAUCACAUUCUGCCUUUUCAUUCCCAUGGUUUUCAAAUGCCACUACCACAAAAAUGACACCAUGACAAUGGUGCAAAAGCGCACAUCCAUAGUAUAAAUGCUGAUACGUUUUAUCAUGUAACCAUAAUGGGGGGAGAUUUAUUAUGACGUUCUUACAUUUAGACCAAUCAAGAUGUGCCCAAGGUAUCAUACUGGCGUAUGCUGUAUGAUAAAUUCGGUGCAUUUUGCUAAGCAUUUUCCUCUUCCUCUUGGUUGGCGUACUUUAGACUAAUAUUUUGCGCCAGAAUUGUGCCACAUUUUAAGCCACGCCCAUUAUGGUAAGCCACAAGCCUUUUCUAGUCACUUUUUUAAAUGAUUUAGUCUCUAAAACACAUCAUAAAUCUGGUUAUUAAAGAUGUAUUAACCCAUUCGCUACCAACUCCGUACAUGUACGGCUCUGGAGCGAAAUGCAAACAUGGCGUCCGCUGUUUCAAUGCUGAUCGCGGUCAUUAAAGCCUUUAGAUGCCGUGAUCAAGGCUUUCUUACCGGCAUCCUCUGCGGCCAAUGAGGAUGCCAGAAAUGUAAUUCAAAACGCUGGGUCUCUGAAGAGACCCAGAGUAUUGAAGCUGAAAUUCUUCUUUUGGCCAGCAGGUGGCAGGCCAACAUAAGAAAUUUGCAAUUCUGUAAAAGUCAUGGGUCUAAAAAACCUAUGAGGGUUCAGAAUAAAAAAAUGGAUUUGUAGACUCAAAUACGAGCUUCAAAAUCAUAAAAAAAAUUUAAAAAUAAAUAAAAAAUUUUAAAAAAUAUUGCUUAAAUCACCCCCCUUUCCAUAGAAUGA